AUGCUGAAGGAGAUGAUGGCUGAAAGGGAGGGUAAAGGAGAAAAGAAGAAGAAGAAGAAGAAGAAGAAGAAGAAGAAGAAGAAGGACAAAAAGGAGAGGAGUGCUGUUGAUGGAAAAGAUCUGUGCCCGGUCAAGAAAGAAAGGAAAAGGAAGAAAUCUCGCGAGUUUUCAGAAGAGGACUACUCGACGCACACUUCGCGGAAAACGAAGUCUUUCGCACAGAGUGAGCGCCAUGACUCCAGUGCAGAGUUCGAGAAAGGUUCUAAGCACUCUCAUGAGUUGAAGCCUAAAUGGGUUUUUGAAGAAGCUGAAAGACUUAAAAGAAUAUCUCGUUCACCUACGAUAUGGGCAAAAAGGAAAUCUCGUUAUGACAGUUCUCGAUCACCUUCAAGUUCACAGAGCAGAAAAAGGAUGAAGGUGCACACAAAUAGUGAGAAGCGGCGGCGAAGGAAAUCAUCAUCCAGCAGGGAGAGUUCUUAUGUGCAACGUCAAUCGCAAGGCGAAAUGCAGAAGCAUAGUAAACGGAAAUCGUCAUCUAGUAGAGAGAGUUCUUCUGUACGACGUCCAUCACGCAGCGAAGAACGAAAACGAAGCAGACGAAAAUCAUCAUCCAGUAGAGAGAGUGCUUCUGUACGACGUGAGUCGCCCAGCGAAGUGAAAAAACAUGUGAUAAAUCGAAUUCGUCAACAAACAGUAGACGGAGGCGAAAUUCGCAGAUGCGAAGAACAUCGCUACGAGAAUCGAGGAGGGCUUAUUGUAAGAGGAAGAGAUCUAGCUCACCAGAGCAAAACAACUCAAAUUCAUCAAUGCAAGGGAGUACUAAUUCGUCAAUGGGCCCUUCUCGACGAUCUCGGUCUUCUUUGGAUAUAA